GUUCUAGUAAAUUGAAAUGAUAUACGCGAGCCCUUAUGUCCGAGAAACCAUGUUUUGAACCUGAAAUUGCCCGAAUCAAUAUUGUAUGAACCAACGUCUUUUCGUACUUGGUAUCCUAUCAAAAAGACAUCUGGUGGGUACCUUUCUCAACAAUCUAACUGCGUAGAGUGCUUGGGAACAUGACUAUCAUCUUUGUCACAGGAGCGAACCGUGGUAUUGGCUUCGCCAUCGUGCAAGCAGCGGCGGGCAGGAUCCUAGAAGCAACCUUUAUCCUCGGCUGCCGUUCUCUGGAAGCAGGGCAGGAGGCUGCACGGAACCUUCACCGGAUAAGUCCCAAGGCCACAUUCGACGUUGUCCGAAUAGACAUUGAGGACGAUGACAGUAUCCUCGCAGCAGUGGACACCAUCGCUGAGCAGUAUGGAAAGUUAGAUGUUCUCAUCAACAACGCUGCCGCUGUCAGCCAUCCAAAGUCUCAAGACCUGCAAGAUAUUCGGGCCAAUCUCAACACCGUCUUCAACAAUGCCGUCACAUCGCCUGCCAUGGUCACCAGGGCAUUUCUGCCCUUGCUGCGGAACAGCCAUUUUCCAAGGGUAAUCAUGAAUUCAAGCGCUCGAGGAAGCCUGGAGAGAACAGCCAGCAGAAAGCUUCCGCCGCCCAAGUCCGUAGAUUACAAUAUCGCAAAGGCAGGCUUGAACAUGUUGACCUUGCUGCUGCAACUGCUGGACGAGUCGGGUGUCGGAGAGGAAGAAAGGAUCUGCUUCUGGGCAGUCAGCCCGGGACACACCAGGACCGGCUUCAACAACUUCAUGGGGGCCAAAGAUCCCCUGGACUCGGCUGAAGCGUUCGCGCGGCUGCUCCAAGCUGACAGAGGCGAGGUCCCGGCGGGUACGUUUUGGGAGUUUGAAGAAGGACAAUUCAGAGCUGUGCCAUGGUAGCCCUAGUAUGAUGCAUCUGGUGUGCGGUUCGUAAUCGAGAAAUACAGUUCGAGUUGCCGGCCUUGUUGGGCACAUCGUGACCACGACCCCGAGCUUGCAUGAAUAGAGCGACUGCACAGCCUCAGUGGGAGAGGUCGCAGACAGUAUUCUGGCACGGAUGUCUCUUUCAA